CGAGUGCUCAGAAAUUCAUGUGGCCCAAACUGGUCACAGCAUUCAGGAUUGCAUGGUCCAACCAGUGGGAACCGCAGAAGCUUCCACUCUUGGUUGAAAGGCUCCAUUAAUGAUAUACUUCUCCCUAUUGAGUCAUACCAUCUCUACGAUCCUUUUGGUCGGCGUAUUAAGCACGAAACUCGAUUCAACUAUGACAGAAUCCCAGCUGUUGUGGAGUUGUGCAUCCAAGCUGGUGUUGAUUUAGCAGAAUAUCCUUCGAGGCGAAGGACCGAACCUAUACGAAUGAUGGGAAGAAAGAUAAUCGACAGAGGUGGAUUUGUUGAGGAGUGUAAACCCCGCCAAUUGGUGGAUUCAGUGUCGUCAAUUGUGGACCUUGACACACACAGGGCUCUUGAGCGAUUUCCUCCUCCUGAAGGGUCAGAGGUGCCUAGGAUUGCGCAGAAGACUGUUGAUGCGUACGAAAAAGUGAAAUGGGGUGUCAGGAAGUUGAUGAGGAAAUUCACAGUGAAGGCUUGUGGAUAUUGUUCAGAGGUUCAUGUGGGACCCUGGGGCCACAAUGCUAAGCUUUGUGGGGAAUUUAAGCAUCAGUGGAGGGAUGGGAAGCAUGGUUGGCAGGACGCCACAGUGGAUGAAGUGUUCCCGCCGAAUUACGUUUGGCAUGUUCGGGAUACAAAAGGGCCUCCAUUGAGGAGUGCACUCAAGAGGUUCUAUGGCAAGGCUCCGGCUGUGUUGGAAGUGUGCAUGCAGGCGGGUGCUCGAGUUCCUGAUAAGUACAAACCAAUGAUGAGGCUUGAUAUUGUGGUGCCAGAAAGUGAGGAGGCUCGCUUAGUUGCAUAA